AUGGUCAACGUCUCUGCAUUGGUGCUGGCCUUUCUACUCGCUCUGCCAGCCAUAUCGAGUCUUGUCCGCUGUCUCGGUCGGCUCUCUCACGCAAAAGAUCAAUUUGCGACCAAUUUCUAUACGGAUCGAGAUGGUGAAGCGGCAGCAGAUGCGGUCCAGGCUGUCACUCGGUGGAGGCAUCGGAUUGCCAUUGCUGUCAUCCUCGUUGGGACGGGUGGUGUUGCUCUCGCACGGGCGAUUGUCGCCCCGACACAGGAUGGAUGGAUUCAUCUUGGGAUUUUGAUUCUCUUGGUGGUCCAGAGCGUUGCUCUGCUGCUGGAACCGCACGCGAUUGCUCGUUUCUCGCUUGGAUUACAGAUCAGUGCCAAUGGUUGGAUUGCAAUCAGCACAUUCUUCUUCCAACGACAGACACCGACCAGCUCUGUACAUGACAUUUUGAUGGCUGUAGAAUGCGGUUGCUUGAUUCUCACCUCCCUCUUGGGUCUGCUUCUCCCCCGCCGUCCGGAUGUCUGUCGGAAUGGCACCGUGGUCGAUCGGGAAAACUCGACCUCUUUCCUCGGACGCAUCACCUUCAGCUGGGCAGCGACAGUGAUGAUCCUUGUAGGCAGAGGAAAAGACGUCGACGUGGAUCAACUGCCCGAGCUGGACCAUGCCAGCCGAGCAGAAAAUCUGCAGAGAUCGUUUUCCCAGGCCAAGGAGAACGUCCAACGGAAUGCAGCUCCCACAGCCGCCAUUCAGGCCCCGAUGUGGAAGGUUCUGCUGCGCGCACAUCGACACUACCUCCUGUUGGAGUUCGUGCUGUGUCUCAUCCAGGCUGUGGUGGCCUUUUCGCCCAACCUGUCGCUGCUGGCGAUCCUGCGUUUCCUCGAACGAAGCGAGCAUGGGUUGCAAAUCGCAGAAAUGCUGGUGAUCGUGGUCGCGCUCGGGGUUUCCAUGAUGCUCUCGGCCUUUAUGGAGAAUUGGCUGUGUUGGGUGGCGUGGAACAAGAUCUCGGUGCGCGUGUACGAGCAGAUCUCCAUCAUCGUCUUCAACAAAGCGAUGCGGUUAACUGGCUCCAGCAGCCCAAAGACCACCGCAGAUGGAGAGAAAGACGCAGACACGCAGAAUGCCAUCAACUUGGUCGCCGUGGAUGGCCAGCGCGUUGCCACGUUUGCCACCUUCUGCUUUAACCUGCUGCUGGCGCCGUUGAAGCUGGUCGUGGCCUGUGUGCUGUUGAAUAAUCUCCUCGGGUGGCAGAGUCUGCUGACGGGCAUUGCCAAUCUGGUCAUUCUGACGCCGUUGAUCGUCUUGUGUGGGAGGAAAUAUGCCGCCGCCGGCGGAGACCUGAUGGGAGCCCGAGAUGGCAAGAUGGCCAUCCUCUCCGAGGUGCUGCAGGGCAUUCGGCAAGUCAAAUUCGCCGCCCUGGAAAGCAAGUGGGAGAGGAAGAUCCACGAGCUGCGCAGGGACGAACUGGCGGCGCAACGCCGGGUGUUUGCGUGGAACGCAACCACCAUGUCGCUAUACCUGCUGGGCCCGAUCCUGCUGGCCAUUGGCUCGCUGGGGAUCUAUGCCAUCCGCCACAAUGGCUUGACAUCAUCCGUUGCUUUUACCGCCAUUUCCGUGCUGGCUACCAUUCAAAUAUCCCUGGGCAUGAUACCGGAGUUACUGUCCAAUAUGCUGGACGCUCUGGGAAGUAUGCGUCGUCUGGACGAGUUCUUCAUGGCGCCUGAAAAACAGCCCAACCUCACUCCAUCGACCGACAUUGGCUUCUACAAUGCCGCAGUUGCGUGGUUUGGAACUGCCACCAAAGAUCACCUUCCUUGGACUCUGCGAGAGCUGAAUCUAGACUUUCCCCGCGGCGAGCUGAGCAUCAUUUCCGGCCGGACAGGUUCAGGGAAGAGCCUGCUACUUGCUGCCACUCUUGGGGAAUGCGACAUUCUGCACGGAGAAGUCAAGGCUCCCGUUCAGCCCCAUCACGACGACGUCUGGGGUGCAUCCACCACAAGCGAGCGGUGGAUUGUCGACUCGGCCGUUGGCUAUGUCGCCCAACUACCGUGGAUUGAAGCCGCAACCGUGAAAGAGAAUAUCCUGUUCGGGCUCCCCGUCCACGCAGAGCGCUACAAGCAAGUUCUGCACGCCUGCGCUCUCCUCGCCGAUUUGGAAAUCUUUCCAGACGGAGAACGCACCGAGAUCGGACCCAACGGAGUCAACCUGAGCGGUGGGCAGAAAGCUCGAAUCUCCCUUGCCCGAGCGCUGUAUUCUCGGGCCGGGAUUCUCAUUCUGGAUGAUAUCUUCAGCGCGGUCGAUGUGCAUACCGCGCAGCAUCUGUAUAAGCAUGCCCUGACCGGGCCUCUGGCUACAGGACGAACUCGCAUCCUGGCCACGCAUCAUGUCGGGAUCUGUCUGCCUGAUGCUGGGUAUAUUGUUCACCUGCAGAAUGGCAUGGUGGAGUUUGCUGGGAAACCGACUGAUCUGCAGGAUAAUGCGGUCCUGGAGGCCGUGUUGAAUUCGCAGUGUGUAGAUGAAGAGGAACCUUCACCAGUGGCAAAGAAACAGCCAGAUUCGGAUCGACCUCGAAGCGCAGAAAGUAGACCUGAAAGCCAGCAUGAAGCACAGGCUUUUGUUCGAAAGGAAAGGGGAAGAACAAGCACCUCGGUCCUGCAACUCUUCCAGCAGUAUAUCUCCGCGAGUGGCAGCUGGCAUCGAUGGGGGUUGCUGGUAUUGGGCUAUCUUUCAUACACCGCGCUGACCCUCGGUCGAAACUGGUGGCUACGCAUCUGGAGUAGCCAAGGCACCGCGGCCUCCCAAAGCACCAUCGAUCCCAGCCUGAAGUUCUACCUUGGGGUCUACAUCGCCAUCGCCGCCUGUGAAUGGAUCAUGGGCUCCUUGCAGGUCUGUUUCGUCUUCCUGGCCACCCUCCAAGCAUCCGAAUCUCUCUUCCAAGAAUGCCUGCAGGCCGUCUUGCGAGCACCGCUGCGCUGGCUGGACACCGUUCCUCUCGGCCAGAUUCUGAAUCGAUUCUCCGCCGACUUCAACCAGGUCGAUUCCAGACUGUGUGCCGAUCUGACGCUCAUGUUGAACACGGGCAUGGUCUGCGUGAGUAUUGUGGUGGCUGGCUUAUUCGUCAAUCGUCUCCUGAUCAUCUUCGCCAUCCCUCUUGCGUUCUGCUGGGUCUUCUAUGCCCGGCAAUACCUCAUCGCCUCCCGAGAGAUCAAGCGCAUCGAGAAUAUCAGUCGCAGCCCCGUCUACGAGCAGAUCAACACCUCUCUCACCGGACUCUGGACGAUCCGCGCCUAUGGAAAAUCAGACCUCUACAUUCACGCGAUGCAGGACCGCAUCGACCGUCAUGCCCGCGCCUUCUGGACCCAAUGGCUCCUCACCCGAUGGCUUGGCCUCCGCGUGAGUAUGAUCGGAGCCAUCUUUGCGUCCUGCGUUGCUCUCCUGAUCACGACGCAGGGGAAGAUCGAUGCCGCCACCGCCGGUUUCACGAUCAGCUUUGCCGUCCAACUGACAGGCGCCAUGACUCCCUGUAUCCGGUCCUACACCAAUGUCGAGCUCGGAAUGAACGCCGUCGACCGCGUGCUGGAAUAUUCAGACAUCGAACCCGAAAUCUACGACGGAAUCGACCCGCCCGCAGCCUGGCCCACAAACGGUCGCGUCGAAGUGACCGAUCUGACGGUGAAAUACGCCCCCAGCCUACCCCCCGUUCUCCGGGGCCUCAACUUUGUCGUCGAGGGGAGUCAACGCAUUGGCAUCGUCGGCCGCACCGGAGCAGGCAAAUCCUCGCUUGCUCUCGCCCUAUUCCGAUUCCUAGAAGCCAGCGAGGGCCAGAUCCUCAUUGACGGCAUCGACAUCUCAAAGGUGAAGCUGGCUCACCUCCGCAGUCGACUCGCCAUCAUCCCGCAAAACCCCGUCUUAUUCUCCGGCACCAUCCGCUCCAACCUCGAUCCCUUUGACGAAGUCGACGAUAGCGACCUCCUCGCCGCCCUGUCGCAAGCUCGCUUUAUCCCCGAACAGCCGUAUUCACCUUCACCCAGCGACGACGGAUCCACCCCUUCACCCCCCGUGGACUAUCUCGAAACUCCCGUCUCCCAAGGCGGAUUGAACUUCUCCCAAGGCCAGCGCCAACUCCUCUGCCUUGCCCGCGCCAUCGUCGCCAACCCCAAAAUCCUCAUGCUGGACGAGGCCACCUCCGCCGUGGACCACACGACCGAUGCGCAGAUCCAGGAGGCGUUGCGCGCCCAGUUUGGUCGGGACUCGUCUACGCUGCUUGUCAUUGCGCAUCGGCUCAGUACGAUUGCGGAUUUCGAUCGCAUUCUCGUCUUGGAUAAUGGGGCGGCGGUGGAAUUCGGACAUCCGAGGGAUUUGAUGGAGGUGCGGAAUGGAGUGUUCCGGGGUAUGGUGGAUGAGGAUACGGAGAGGGAGAAAUUGAUGGAGGUACUUUCCAUUCCUAGUUUCUCCUGA